AGGACGUGAACCAGAAGCUGCAGGAGGACAACCAGGAGCUGCGGGACUUGUGCUGCUUCCUGGACGAUGACCGGCAGAAGGGGAAGCGGGUGUCCCGGGAGUGGCAACGCCUGGGUCGCUUCAGCGCCAGCAUGAUGAGGAAGGAGGUGGCCAUCUAUCUGCAGAAGUUAAAGGAUCUGGAGCAGCGGCAGGUGGAGGUCAUCAAGGACAACCUGGAGCUGAAGGAGGUGUGUCUGAUGCUCGAGGAGGAGAGAGCUGCGGCCGCCGUCGGAGGUGGUGGCGGCGGGGUGGUGGGAGGUCAGGGGGAUGCCGGCUGCAGAAGCUCCAUAGACAGCCAGAUCAGCCUGUCUCAUCUGGGGGGAGGCGGGCCUGCAGCUGGCCUGCUGCGGGACGUUGGCGAUGGGAGCAGCACCUCCAGCGCGGGGAGCACGGACAGCCCCGAUAACUCUCACCACAAAACCCCUCCUCUAAGCUCCGGGGCUAGCCCGGGGUCCGGUGCUAGGUAUGCUUCCUCGGAGCAGCACAGAGACCUGUGUGAGUCCCCUGGGAGGAGGCACAGCUCGAGCACGGAGUACCACACCUUUCCACAGUACAGCCGCGCCCCAGGGGGCUCCCUCACAAACCUGGACCCCCACAUCCUUCAACGGCCCAGCCCAGAGAAACACGGCAAGUCUCCUGCCAGGGUACCCUGCAGCUCUGACCCGCUGGCCCAGAAACAGCUGCUGAUAUCAGCGGGUGGGGGGAAAGGCUCGGCUAAGUCCAGUCCAGAGCUGAGUCAGAGACAGCGUCAGGGACACAGGGUGGGAGCCGGCUGUGACGGUCCCGAGGGUAAGCCGGCAACGAAGGGGACCCCGGAGCACCUGAGGAAAGAGUGGGUGAUUGUCGGGUGUCCAGAAUCUAUACGACACCAUCAUCCGCACAGCCCCGGGACAGAACACGGCAAGGGGAGGUACAGCAGGGACGGGGGUCCGAGAAGGCCUGUGGGUGAGGAGAUGAGCCCCCAACACCAGAGUCUGUACAACGUUGGACCACUGGGACACAAACAGACGAGUAAGCAGGUCAGGACUAGAUCAAGGACAGCCUUGGUGAACGAGAGAUAAAUGGAGUAAAAGCUCUGAUUUCUGCUGGCUGCUGUACUGGUUCCUGUCGAAGUGUAAAGCUUUGGGACAGCUUUGACACCUCCUAACCUGAACACGCCU